UCCUUCCUCGCUCUCACGCCCCUCUCCCUUUUUCUCCCUGUCUCUCUUCUUCCCUCGGUCUCCCUCCCUUCCUCCCCACCCCCUCCCGGGCGAGAUGCGCGUCCCUUCCCGUGAGGACCUGGAAAUACGGUCAGCCGGGAAAUUGGGUGAUGCGCCCCCGCACUUCCAAGUCCUCUCUGUCUGGACGCCUAAGUUCAGCUUGUAGCGGGUGCGGAGACCUAGUAGAAGACAAAACUAAAUAAACAAAUGAGUAAAUUCCCUGCCUGCUUCGAUGAGACAAGACGCUUUCUUCUUCCUCCAACCCCCACCCCCAGAAAACAGCCAUUGAAACGAGUCCCUCGAGUCGUAACGGGAGCGCCACAGAAUGACCCCUCCGAGGAGCCGUAGGGGUGACGUAAUCGCCGCGCGACGGCCGGAAGUCGACUCCGGGCCUGCCGGGUGGUGCCCAGUCCCGGCUUCCUCUCCUUGCCCGCGUACGGGCCAUGGACCAAGCUGAGGAGUCGCCGUCGGGCGAUAAAGGCGAAGAGGCGGGAGAAUCCGAAGAGACGACCGCCGCUCCCGGGGACCCGGCGACCGCCGACGCGGAGGGGAUCCCGGAGGAGACGGAUGGGGAUGGAGAUGCGGACGCGAAGGAAGCGGCGGCCGAGGAAGGCGAGCUCAAGAGUCAGGAUGUCGCAGAUUUAACAGCAGCUGAAAGGGAAGACACAUCAUUACUUACUCCUGCAGCGAAAAAACUGAAAAUCGAUACCAAAGAAAAAAAGGAGAAGAAACAGAAAGUAGAUGAAGACGAGAUUCAGAAGAUGCAAAUCCUGGUUUCUUCCUUUUCUGAGGAGCAGCUGAACCGUUACGAAAUGUAUCGCCGGUCAGCUUUUCCUAAGGCAGCCAUUAAAAGGCUGAUCCAGUCCAUCACCGGCACUUCCGUGUCCCAGAAUGUGGUGAUUGCCAUGUCUGGUAUUUCCAAGGUUUUCGUCGGGGAGGUGGUGGAAGAAGCCCUGGAUGUGUGUGAGAAGUGGGGAGAGAUGCCACCAUUGCAGCCCAAACACAUGAGGGAGGCUGUCCGGAGGUUGAAGUCGAAAGGGCAAAUCCCCAACUCAAAGCACAAAAAAAUCAUCUUCUUCUAGUGCCACACCUCCGAAGGCCCAAUGCCAACGAGUCCUGGUUUCAGGCUUUCCUCGGUGAGGCCUCCUGUGCUGGUGGCUUUAGUGUCAGGACUUCAAGGAGCCAUGAAAGCAAUUUUAAUGUCUUCACCACACCUGUUCCAGACUUGCCGUCAUUACAUCCUGGAACCUCCCAGAGCAUUCCAAGGUAUUGCACUGUCUUGACCAGCUGGAAAGAGAAAGGUGUGUGAACCUCUAAUGUCUUCUGGAAGGGAAGAUAUUCAUAGAGAAAAAUAACCUGGGAGAACCUGAUUGGUUUCACAUGGAGCCUAGAAUUCUGAGACUUAAGCUUGUUUCUUAUGUCUGGUUUCAAGUGGAAGAAACAGCCAGAAACUAUUACUAGUGAUAGUCUACCAAGAAGGACGCAGUGGUAACAGUAGUGGAAUAAACGGUCCUGUGGACUUGGCAAGUGAUCAUUCAA